AAUUUAUAUCAAAUAACUAGCAAGAAAAUAAAUUUCAUCUUAGUUUUUCCACAAUCAAUUAAUUAAUAGAUUAGAUUUUUAUAUUAAUAAAGAAAAAAAUUGAUAAAAUUUUAUUUACAGUUUAAAAAAAUGUCAAGAAGUUUACAAAUUAAGGAUAGUGGUUUUUGCGGCUUAUGUAAAAAUGAACCUAAAAAUGCUAUAAAUCUUAACUGCAGUCAUAAAUUGUGCCUUGAUUGUGGAAAAGUGCUCUAGCAAACUGAAUUAGAUUAGCUCAUACAAGCUAAGUUUAAGAUUGUAUGUCCAUUGUGUAAAAAUCUUACUAGAAUUUUUAACAUUCACAAUUUAAUCGUAGAUGAGGGCGUUUGUAUGAAGCUUACUGGACAUGCCCCUAGCUACACAAAUUCUCCUUAAAAACUAAGAAAUAGUUCUCAAAAAAACAUUGAAAAAAAAUCAAUUUAGCAAUAUUUUUCACCAACCUUAAAAAAUUCUAAAAAAAAACAAACUCAAUAAGAGUUUUCUUCCAUGAAUGUAUUACCUGGAUCCCGUCAAGGCAGUAUUUAUUCGAGAUCUUAGGCUAGCUAGUAGGAUGCAGCACAAAACAGGCCGCUUUUUAAUUAUCAAAACAAUGUUGUUGACCCAAAUAACUUUUAGUUUUCUACUCCUUAAAAACUUAUGAAUACAAUAGAUAGUUUAUUUGAAAAUAGCUCUCACCAAGUUAAAAGCACUUAACCAUCUUCUAUCUUAAAGAGUAGCCAUAAACCCGAGCAAGCAACAGUAAAUAAUUAGUAGCAUAGCUAAAAUUAUCAGAACUACAUUUAAAUUCUUAGUGCCUCUCAACAGAAAAGUAGUAAUAAAAAAUCAAGAGAAGAGCCAGUAAAAGCAAAAAGCAUAUAAAUGUGCGACAAAUAAAAAAAAGAACAAUUAGGAAAUUUAGCACAAUAAUACAUAAAUAAAUAAUCUCCAUAAACAAUUUAAAGCAUUAACAUUUAAUAAUAAAAUAAUUUUAAUAAAAAUUCUUAAUAAGAACAUAAAAAUCAAGAAUUUAAAAGCAUUUACUAAAAUUAAAUAGUAGGAAGUAAAGUGGUAGAACCAGAGUCUUAAGUGAAUUAUAUAAAAAGUAACUUUAACAAUAAUAAUGCUAAUAACAACAUUGAAGAAGUGUAAUAGACCUCAAAUUUUAUUGCUCCCUUUUAAGAUUCUGCUUCAAAUAUUUAAGUUGUUUAAGCAAGCUUGCCAACUUAAAACGAAAACCUUUUGACGUUUUAAGAUUAGUCUAGUUAAUAGAAUACUCAUAGCAAUUUAAUAUAUGUUGAGAGUUAGCAAUCGUCUAGAAGUGGUGAGGGAUGCAAUACUUUAGCAUAAAAGCUUUAAGUAAAUUAAUCAGAUUAAAUUAUUGAAAAUUUACCUACAGAACAAGCAUAUAAUCUGCUUAACCAUGACGAAGAAGCCAAAAAGCGUUAUUAUUACUACGUAAACAAAAGAAAUGAAAUUCUUAAGGAGAAUUAUACUUACCUAACUCAUCAAAAUCACUUCUCAAAUAUUAACUAGCUGCACUAAGAGCUUGAAAAAGGACUGGAAUUAAGAUGCAAAAUGCAUAGCGAUUUUAUGUCUUUGUAUGAUGAGAAUGAUUAAAAUUUCUGUUGCCCAUCUUGUGUUUAUGAGAAUAGUUAAAAGUUCUAAAAAAAAACAAUAUUACCUCUGAAGAUGUGCUAAUAAUUUAUUACGAAGGACAUAAAUAAAUAUAAAGAAAGUUUGAGAUCUAAAGCUCAAUAUUUAGAGAACAAUAUUCUUCGCAGCCAGCUAAAUUCAAAGCUAUUACAAGAAAAUUUUGUUACUCUAAAUAAAAGAAUCAAUUAAAUGUUUUGCUAAAUCCGUCAGCAACUUGAUUUGAAGGAGUUAGAAAUUAAGAAAGAAGUCAAAAGGUAAUAUGAUUAAGAGCUGCUUCACUACUAAAAGUUAAUAUCUGAAAUCUCUCCUUUGUAAGAGGCUUUAAGGUUUGACUUGUAGAGCUUUAAGCAUAAUUAGAAAUUAGAUGAAUUCAAUAAUAGUCUUUAUAUACAUACUGUAUUAAAAUAAUGGUAAGAUUAUCUUCAGUCUUACAAAAGAGAUGUACCCGUUUACAGUGUAGAAGAUAUGGACAUAAUUGAUUUCCCUAAAAUAUCAUCUAUUUAUAAAUUAAUUGACAAAAUGGCUGUGAUUAAAAAUAUCCAAGAAACCUCAUGCAAAGAAAUUAUGAAAAAAAUAGAAGAAUCAUCACAAAUAAAAAAUUUAAGUCAUAUCACAAUACCUGAAAAUAUUACAAUUAAAUAAACAGCUACUCACUAUUUAAAAACUACAACCCGCAGUAAGGGAAGAAACGACUUUUAAAUAUCCGAAGCAAUAGAGACUAUCCAUUAGUAGUCUUUGACAAACUUAAAUCCCUAAGCAGAAGUUAGUCCAUUUAGAGAAACAAUUUUCAGAAAUAGCUCUAAAGAAAAAUUUAAUAAGAUCAACACAAGUAGCCAUAACACAAAUAACAUAAGCUAUAGUGCUAACUUAAAAGAUAAUAGAACAAGUUUACCUAAGUAAGUAGAGCAGAUUCAAUAAUAAAAAACUCUUAGCUCCUCUCAAGUAAGGAAUGAAUCAGAGAGCGAUAACAUGAAAUAAAGUCUUCAAAAAUCUCCGUCUUUCUAAGUGUCUAACUCAGCUGAUAAAAAUCAAGUGAAAUAAAAUGGUAACUUGAGUAAGUCUAACUCAAAUAGAUCUUUAAAUCCUUCAUUAGACAACAGAUAAAGGACUUAAACAAAGCAGUAACUUAUUGAUAGCUAGGCUAGAGCUCUAUUUAAAUAAAUUAUACAGUAAGAGUGA